GGCUCUAUCCAGCGUGUUACUUGUUUAUUACAGACUUCAACAAGUGGCGUAUUGAUGGUAAAAAAUGUAACGUGUUGUUUUAUAUCAUGUUCAAACGGGUUUGACUAACGUAACACGUUCUACACACCUGUAGCUUUACAUUUGAGCGCGAACGACAGCCGUUAAUUAGUUUUACGACACUGGCUAGCUUAACGUUCUAUCUUAACAUUCUCAAACAAACACGGCUUAACCGUUGGCGUAAACACAUGAGCUACCGAUAGUUGACGUUCUCUCGAGAUGGACCGGGAUAUUCGUCAGUUUCUCACCCAGGCAACGGAGCGACAAGGGUGUCUAAAGAGGUUCUUUGAAGGGAAUCCGCCGGCUAAUCAAUUUCUGUGUCGAGCCUACCUGUGCCGGGGCCGGCUGGAGUCUCCGCCGGCCACCGGGAGCGCGGUGAGGACGGUCGACACGUCUCCUCACGGGGAGCUGGGAGACUUUGAAGAGGCUGUGCUGUGUUUUCUCAAAGCGAUUGAGAUGUCAAAGCGUGACCCGAGAGACUGGCUCCAGGCUCUGUCCGCCGACGCCACCUCCGACUUCCUGCGUGCAGCGGAGCUCGAGGUCGCGAUGGAGGAGCCGUGGCUGGUAGCCAACGCCGCCGUUUACCUGUGGAACUACAGCGGCCACCUGCUGGCUGCCGGGGAGCACCGGCGGCUGCUUCCCACCUUCCAGAGUCUGGUGGCGAUGCUCCGGACCACCGAGUUCACCGGAGAGGAGGAGCCGUUGCAUGAAAACAGACCCGCUGUGGGCACAGACUGAAUAACGAGAACAUUUGGAUUCCUUGACAUCCUCA